AUGAUAUCGACUACCCUCAUGACUUUCUUACUAAAUACCAACCCCGAAACCCGGUCAGUCAAGCUACUAGGAUCAUGGGACAAUUUCACGAAGCAAUAUGUCAUGGAGAGAGAUAAGCGCGUCGGUGCGGGUCACUGGAAAGGAUGCCACACCUUCACCGAUAUCAUGGGCGAUGGCCCCGGAGGCUCGUCGGGUGAACAAUCCCAAUGGCGGACCGGUGGGCUUAAAAUGGGUGCUACGUACUGGUAUUAUUAUUUGCUGGAUGAUGACAUAGAAUCCAUUAAUGAAAACGAGCCUGUGACGACAAAAUGCCCCUUUCUCCCGGGACAGCCUGUGAAUGUAUUGAAUGUGCCUAUCGUUUUACCUGAUAGUCGAUCCCAUGGCCGCACUGGCAGCAACAGUUCGCAAAAGGCCGACUAUCGAACCAUGAACCCGGAGGACAAGUUUAUGAACCCACGCAGACCACCCCAACCGGUCCCUGCACGCCUGCAAACUGCCAUACCUCGCAACCAGCCACUGGCUGUACAUUCGCAAAGUACCUCGCCAAUUGCCGGAAUGGUGCAUAGGAGUGCAUCACAGCCAGGCAGCGCCAGGGGCUACCACUCAAAGGACGCACGCUCUGCCUCCCCACCACGAGCUCGCGCUCUUCUUGCAGCAUUUCGGCCUGCCAACGGGGCAGAAGGUCAAGGACAGAUCUCACCUUUGCCAAGAUCUAAGACGGUCAACGGAGUUCUCCGACAUGACGGGGCCACUGGUGAUCGCCGAAAGGUUCCCGGAAUUAACGUCAACACUGGAGCCGCCUCCCCGGUAGCGAAAAUCCCCGAGUUCUCGACAAUCCAAAGUCGCCGGGCGCUUAAAGCAAAGGGCGGCGAUGCCCAGGCACUAAAUCUACUAACGGUGCAGACACGCCCUCAGCCUCGCAAGCCAAGCCCCUCAAGAGGUGCGGCAGCAGGUAACAAUCUGGGAACAGUGGAUGAAACACGUGCGCUCAAGGACGCUCUGGAGUUCAUCGCAAGCAAUCCGGGUAGUGAUCAAACUACGCCUACCGGAAAGGAUGUCGGUGACAAGAGACUGCCAACGCUUCCCAACACACCUUCUUCUGUGAUGGACGAGGCCGUACGUGAGAUUGAUGAUCACGACAGAGUCAUGGAUUCAGAGGUUCAGCGCAGCCACUUUUCUAGCAUGACAGCAACCACGGCAGACGAUGCCACCAACUCACGUUUCGUUCCUGAGCGAAGUCGCUUCUCUGAAUGGAGCACCGACACCGAUACUGAAGCCGAAGACAAUUCACCCGAGUCAAUGAUCUCCGCGUCCACAUUCAAUCAAGACACCAACGAGUCGCCAGCCGUAGAUGACUGGAGAACGCCAGAAUUGUCGUCCAAUGACGCAAUGACCAACACCGAUCCCAACACCCCCCAUCUCACUGUUCACUCUAAACCAUCAUCACCAAACUCCGCUUCCGGCGAGCUCCCGCCAUGGAACGAGUCACUUCCCGAGCUCGCCAUCUCUUUGGCAUCUCCUGGUCUCCAAGGCUCUGGCUUGGGGAUUGAUCAAAUGGACGAGGUUGAAAGCAACCCCAAGCGUCACGCAGCCCUCUUUGGCGCAAUCGAAUCGAUGGAAGCCCUCUCUUUGUCGCGCAGAAGUCCCGACGGGUCUCCAAUUAUUCUCCCAGAAAGGGAAAGCCAGCAUCAUCGGGAUGCUCUCGAGAGAGUCCGAUCUCGAUCUCGGGAUGGCUCCUCCCAGGGCAAGAGAACCAUGCAGGAGCUGAUGGAUGAACUCAGCUAUCUCAAGAACAUGAUCCAGUCCGACAUGGAUGGAGAACCUUUCUAA